AAGCAUAAACGAUAAAAGAUAAAAACAUAAAACUGGGCGUCUUGCGAUGCUAAUGUGGACCAUCCGUCAACAUUGUCUAUCCUGUGUCUGUCUGCUUUUGUAGAUUGUUCUGCAAAAAGUCGGUGGUCUCAGGUUCUCAGCUGCAUUUCAGUUAACUGUCCGGUGCUGGACGUCAGAUAGCUGUUGUAGCGUAGGAGAGAUGGGCAACUCGCCAAGCAAUCGAAAAAUAACAGUGGUAAAUGAUGAAGUCGCUGGUGUUAUUAAGAUCUCUGAUUCUGUUGUGAGGCGUCUUAAAGGAGAAAUCGAGAGAGAAAGAGAGGCAAAAAGUUCACACCAACCUGCUCAUGCCAAACAACAAAAUGAAGAUUCUGAAUUACCCAAGUCAUCUAUCAAUGAUACACUGCCAAGCACUAAAGAAAUGCAGGUAUCAAGUAAAGACACAACCAGUCCUUCAUCUGGCAAUAAAGAAAAAAAUGAAUCUAAUCAUUAUGGACACUUUAUGGAAGAAGCUCACCUUACUUCACUGAAAAUUCGACAAGAGAAAGAGGCUGAGAUACAGAGAGUUCAAGAACAUUGGCGUAACCAACUCCUGAACCUGACUGAGCAUUAUUCAAAACUUGCUGAGCAAACUGAAGCAGAAUAUCGUGCAGCCGUAGAGGACAUCCAGCGUUCUUUUUCGAAAGAAUCAUUUAACGAUGUUUGCAGUGAACAGAAAGGUUGUGUACUAAAGUGUUACAAAGAGAACAAGGACAAACCAUUGUUCUGCGCAAAUGAAGUAAAGGAGUUUGCUUCUUGCGUUGAUAAGUUUCGUAUCGAUAAAUUGGCGCGAUAAAGAGCAGUAAGUUUAAACUAUAGAAAUGUAUAAUAGUGAAAAGAAAUACAUUGAGGACUGGUAUAAACAA